AUGGCGAACGAUCCUAGCAUUUGGCUAUUCGAUGUCCGAGAGCAUCUUGCCAAGUCAGCCCAGCACGUAGGCUUGGACAUCUCCUUUAACGCUGCGCCGCAUCCCGAUACACUACCCUCGAAUGUCAAGUUGCGACACUGGGAUAUUAAAGAUGACCUGCCAGCGGACCUGGUGGCGGCCUUUGACCUUGUCCACGUCCGCUUUCUGUCAUUUGUUCUCUUGAACAAUGAGGUAGAAGUGGUUUUGCGCAAACUUUUUCAAAUGCUAAGUACAUAUAUCUGCGCAAAUUCGACAAGUCGAUGCCGGUUGGUUGCUAACCCAACAUCAGAGCCUGGCGGCUACCUGCAAUGGGGAGAGCCCGACAUGGAGACACUUCGCAUCGACAAGGUCGCCCCCGAGGCUAAAAGUGAAGGCUUGGAGCAGCUGUUCAAGUUGUUUGAGAUUCAGGAUGCGCGCCUCAAACCAACCUGGGCGGUAGAACUGCACAACCUCUUCUCUGCCGUGGGGUUUGACCAUGUGGACGUGCACAGCCUUGACUGUCCGCCACAUUGGGCCUACAUCUUUCACGAGGGGGGGCUGAUGAUGCAUGAAAUCAUCUCUCGCAAGAACAAGAGCGAGAAAAUGCAGCACGAGUUGGCACGUCUGCUGCCGCAGGCCGUCGAGGAAACUCGAAAUGGAGCUUGGGUAAGCUGCGUACGGUUGACUGUUAUUGGGAAACGGCCUGCGCAAUAG